AUGGAGCCCUAUGUGCGCUGUGGGACGGGAGAGCGCGGUGUUUCUGUAGUGGUGGAUAUUAUGGAGAGUAUUGCACAGACAAAGCGAAGAUCUGUGAGUAUGAAAGAUGCAAUGGCGGCACCUGUGUCGAAUACUUCGAUCAGUUAUUGCCCUAUUACUUUUGUAGAUGUGAUCCAGGUUUGUUCUGAAUUCGUAAUGGAACCAGCAUCGUUUCGUUUGGAGUUUAAAUUUCUUUAA